AGCAUUAUUAGGCUUAUAAUUGAAGAGAUGAGGACAGCAUUAUAAUAGCUCUCCUCCCUGUUUUUCUCAUAAAAGCUCAAAUAUAUGUACCCACUAGAAUCUUUAUCAAUCAAAGGCCAUAUGAUCCAAGGGGGCCACCUCACACCACCAAACGACCCUCCUUUCUAACAUUUGUUUCUGUCUUCAUACUCCAAAAUGAAUAUCUCAUCACCACCACCGCCUACUCUUCUCCCCACCUCUCUCUCUCUCCCCCCUCUCUCUCCUACCACCAUUUCUGUCGUCUUCUUCUUCUUCACUGCUAUUCACAACCCAACUCUCACUUUCCCUUUCAUUUUAGACCAUAAAAUUCUUCUGUCACCUCUUAGCUCUCAGCUCUCAGGGUCCAAUUAGUUAUCAACGGCCAUGAACAAGCUGGUUGUUGAAGUUCAUGAUGCAAGUGACCUCAUGCCCAAAGAUGGUGAUGGGUUUGCAAGUCCUUUUGUGGAAGUAGACUUUGAGGGGCAGAGACAGAGGACCCAAACCAAGCCCAAAGACCUCAACCCUCAGUGGAAUGAGAAGCUGGUUUUCAACAUCAACAACCCAAGAGAGCUUCCAGGCAAGAGCAUUGAUGUGUUUGUUUACAAUGACAGAAAAAGUGGUCACCACAAGAACUUCCUCGGCAGAGUCAGAAUCUCAGGCGUCUCUGUUCCCUUCUCUGAGCCUGAAGCCACAAUCCAGCGCUACCCUCUUGACAAACGAGGCCUCUUCUCCAAUGUCAAAGGUGAUAUUGCUCUCAGAAUCUAUGCAGUUCAAGAUGACCAUUAUGCCCCUCCUGCACAGCAUGAGGAUGGCUCUGGUAAUGUUGAGUUUACUAGCUCUGGAAAAGCAGAACCUCCUCCUCCGGUUCCUCCUCCUCUGCAGGAAAUCAAUACCAACAGGGUUGAUGAGGAAAUUAGGCGUGAACAUUUUGGGGAUGAGAAGAUGAAGAAGAAGAGCAAGGAAAAGGAAGUGAGGACCUUCCACUCCAUUGGCACUGGGGCAGGUGGUGGUGGUGGUCCUCCUCCUCCUUCAAUGGCUUAUCCUCCUCCAAUGUCUUCUGGGUUUGGAUUUGAGACCCACCAUAUGAAGGAGAAGGCACCCACCGUCGAAACCAGGACAGAUUUCGCGCGAGCGGGUCCUGCCACGGUUAUGCAUAUGCAACAGGUUCCGAGGCAGAACCCGGAGUUCGCGCUGGUGGAGACUAGUCCACCACUCGCGGCGCGGCUGAGGUACAGAGGCAUUGGAGGGGACAAGACCUCAAGCACAUAUGAUCUGGUGGAGCAGAUGCAUUUCUUGUAUGUGAGUGUGGUGAAAGCUAGAGAUCUUCCAACCAUGGAUGUCUCAGGCAGCCUUGACCCUUAUGUGGAGGUGAAGCUUGGGAACUACAAAGGGGUCACCAAGCAUUUGGAGAAGAACCAAAACCCGGUGUGGAUGCAAAUUUUCGCUUUCUCCAAGGAGAGGGUGCAAUCCAAUGCGCUAGAAGUGACUGUGAAAGAUAAGGAUAUUGGCAAGGAUGAUUUUGUGGGGAGGGUUCAAUUUGAUCUCUCUGAAGUCCCUCUUCGCGUGCCGCCGGAUAGCCCUUUGGCUCCUCAGUGGUAUAGGUUGGAGGACAAGAAGGGAAUCAAAGUUAGAGGAGAGGUUAUGCUUGCGGUUUGGAUUGGGACGCAGGCUGAUGAGGCUUUUCCUGAGGCUUGGCAUUCUGAUGCCCAUGACAUUAGCCAUAUGAAUCUUGCCACCACAAGAUCAAAGGUUUACUUCUCCCCUAAGCUAUAUUACCUUAGAAUUCAAGUUCUAGAAGCUCAGGAUCUUGUCCCUUCAGAGCGAAACCGGCCUCUGGAAACAUAUGUGAAGAUACAGCUAGGUAAUCAGCUGAGGGUCACAAGGCCUUCCCAAGUGCGUACUAUUAACCCAAUGUGGAAUGACGAGCUCAUGUUUGUGGCAUCUGAGCCUUUUGAAGAUUACAUAAUUAUAUCAGUUGAUGAGAAAGUUGGUCCCGGAAAGGAUGAGAUAUUGGGAAGGCUGAUCCUUUCAGUUAGAGACCUCCCGCAUAGAAUUGACACUCAUAAGCUUCCCGAGCCUCGGUGGUUCAAUCUCCAGAGGCAUUUCGCUAGUGUGGAAGAGGAAAGUGAGAAGAAGAAAGAGAAGUUCUCGAGCAAGAUUCAUCUUCGCCUCUGUUUAGACGCAGGUUAUCAUGUUCUUGAUGAGUCCACGCACUUCAGCAGCGAUCUUCAGCCUUCCUCCAAGCACCUGAGGAAGUCGGGCGUUGGAAUUCUUGAGCUUGGCAUUCUGAGUGCCAAAAAUCUGCUGCCUAUGAAGGGCAAGGAGGGCAGGACCACUGAUGCGUAUUGUGUGGCAAGGUAUGGGAACAAAUGGGUUCGAACUAGAACACUUCUUGACACUCUGACACCUCGCUGGAAUGAGCAGUAUACUUGGGAGGUUUACGAUCCAUACACUGUCAUCACCAUUGGUGUUUUCGACAAUUGCCAUGUCAACGGAAGCAGAGAAGACUCGAGAGAUCAGAAGAUUGGGAAGGUGAGAAUUCGGUUAUCAACAUUGGAAACUGAUCGGAUUUAUACACAUUACUAUCCCCUUUUGAUUCUCACACCCUCUGGUUUAAAGAAGAAUGGGGAACUUCAACUGGCUUUGAGGUUCACUUGCACAGCUUGGGUUAAUAUGGUAGCUCAAUAUGGAAAGCCAUUGCUUCCAAAGAUGCAUUAUAUCCAACCUAUACCUGUCAGGUACACGGAUUGGCUCCGCCACCAGGCAAUGCAGAUUGUCGCGGCAAGGUUAGCCCGAGCAGAGCCACCACUCAGGCGCGAGACUGUUGAGUACAUGUUAGAUGUAGACUACCAUAUGUUUAGUCUGAGGAGAAGCAAAGCCAACUUCCAACGCAUAAUGUCGGUUCUUAGCGGAGUCACGAAUGUCUGCAGAUGGUUUAAUGACAUCUGCAACUGGAGAAACCCAAUCACGACAUGCCUUGUUCAUAUCUUGUUUGUGAUACUAGUUUGCUACCCAGAGCUAAUCCUGCCCACAAUUUUCCUCUACCUCUUUGUGAUUGGUAUAUGGAACUAUAGGUUCAGGCCAAGGCACCCACCUCACAUGGAUGCUCGGAUUUCACAGGCAGAGUUUGCGCACCCGGAUGAAUUGGAUGAGGAAUUUGACAGCUUCCCUACAAGUCGACCCGCUGAUAUUGUGAGGAUGAGGUACGACAGGUUGCGUAGUGUUGCGGGUAGAGUGCAGACCGUUGUCGGAGAUUUGGCAACCCAAGGGGAAAGAGCUCAGGCAAUACUAAGCUGGAGGGAUCCGAGGGCUACAGCAAUCUUCAUCAUCUUCUCGUUGAUCUGGGCUGUUUUCAUAUACAUUACUCCAUUCCAGGUUGUGGCAGUGCUGGUUGGGCUCUACUUGCUUCGGCAUCCACGAUUCAGGAGCAAGAUGCCUUCUGCGCCUGUCAAUUUCUUCAAGAGGUUGCCAUCCAAGUCAGAUAUGCUACUAUGAGAUUGAAGCUAUUACCUGCAGCUCGUUUUCUUUAUUAUUUUUGUAAGAGCAGCUUAUUACUUAUUCACCUCAUUCUUGUGAAGAAAAAGGUUAUUCAGUAAAUAAACCCAGCAAAUAAUAGCAGGAAAGACAAUGGGAUAAUGUAUUUUUUUCACUUUUCUUGAAUAUGUACAUCCAGUUUGUCAAUAUCCCAUAUGUAGAGUCAUUCUUUUA